CGAUAUGAGAAGGUGAUGACGAUGUUUUUAUAUGCAACAUGUCCCCUUUUCAAUGAUGAUAUGAUUGAUGUGUACUGGAGCCGCUGCUAUCAACCGCAGGAACACCAACGAAUCAUCUCCACCACUCUACACCUAUUUCAAUCAAGAUCAAACCCUAGAACUUCCCUACAGCUUCCCUUUCUUCCCAUCAAUGGCGGCUUGUUUGGGUUCUGUAUCGGAAAUGCAUUCCAUACGUACGGUUCUCGAAGAACUUGAUGAAGAAAAACAGAUGGUUCGACCGGAGACCACGAAUUCUAACCCUAACUUACCCACCUCCACCUCCACCUCCACCUCCGUCAUGGUGAUGCGGCGUAAGGUCGAGAGAAUCUUUCCGGUUUAUGCACGGGGUAAAUUAUCUCCAAGAUCCGAUCCGUCUGUCAAUUCGGGCUCGGUUGUGGGUGAUUCUAUCUGGGAUGCUGUUAGAGUAGAGGCCAAGUGUGAGGCUGAAAAUGAGCCAAUAUUAAGCAGCUUCUUAUAUGCGAGCAUACUAUCACAUGAUUGUUUAGAGCGUGCAUUGGCAUUUAUUAUUGCUAACAGACUCCAAAAUAACACAUUAUUAGAAACCCAAUUGAUGGAUAUAUUUUGUGAUGUAAUGGUUCAAAAUCGAGGCAUCCAUAGAGCAAUUCGCCUUGAUUUACAGGCAUUUAAAGAUAGAGAUCCUUCAUGUUUGUCUUAUUGUUCUGCUCUUUUAUACUUAAAGGGUUUUCAUUCAUUACAAACACAUCGAGUAGCACAUGCAUUGUGGAAUCAAGGACGCAAGGUGUUGGCUCUUGCACUUCAAAGUCGAGUUAGUGAGGUCUUUGCAGUUGACAUACAUCCAGCUGCGAAAAUUGGAGAGGGGAUACUGUUGGAUCAUGGGACUGGAUUAGUUAUUGGUGAAACUGCUGUUAUUGGUGAUAGAGUUUCUCUAAUGCAGGGUGUAACAUUGGGAGGAAGUGGGAAGGAAACAGGGGAUAGGCACCCAAAAGUUGGUGAAGGAGUGUUGAUUGGAGCAAGUGUGAUUGUACUUGGGAAUAUAAAGAUAGGUGAUGGAGCAAUGAUAGCUUCGGGUUCCCUUGUUCUUAAGGAUGUUCCUCAACAUAGCAUGGCUGCAGGAAUACCGGCUAAAGUGAUUGGUUAUGUAGAAGAGCAAGUUCCAUCUUUAACAAUGAAGCAUGAUGCAAGCAAAGACUUCUUUGAACAUGUAGCCAUAGGAUGUGAGGGAAGAUCCAUUGGUGAAUAUGAAUACUCCAUAUAAAUUAUUAUACUCCUAUAAACUUAACUUAAACAUGCAGAAAUUGGUAAUGGUAGUGGCGGAAAUACUUUUGUAUACCUGUAAACUCGUGAUAAAACCCUAGGAGGGACUAGGGUUAUGUUAUAUUCUAAUUAUGCUCUCUACCAAAUUGGUGUAAUCACUAAUCCCCCUCCCCUGUUUGAAGGUUUAGGGCCUAUUUGUACUGUUUUGUUUGUUAUUGUAAAAUGGAACAAUAAAGUUGCUACAUUUCAUUAUCAUAUUUUGAGGAAUCAGAUGAGAGACAU